GACGCCUGAGCUCGAGCUCGUCAUCGCUGAGAACUUGAGCGCGAGUCCAGGGUGCGUCCCCUCCUCGUGCGCACAGCGGAGCGCGGCGCGCCAAGUGGCGGAGCGCGCGCAGGAUUCCAAAGAAGCGCAGAGAGGAGCGCAAACACACCGUCGCCGUCAUGUCCCAGUCUGUCGAUUCCGCAGGAGACGAUCUGCUCUUCUAUGUUAAUGGAAAAAAGGUGGUGGAGAAGAAUGCGGAGCCAGAGAUGGCACUUCUGACAUAUCUUAGGACCAAAUUAGGCCUUACUGGAACUAAACUGGGCUGUGCCGAGGGUGGCUGUGGGGCCUGCACCGUCAUGGUCUCCAGGUUCAGCUCGCACCAGGACAGGAUCAUACACUUUGCAGUAAAUGCUUGCCUGGCUCCGCUCUGCUCCUUGCACCACAGUGCUGUCACGACAGUGGAAGGCAUCGGGAGUGUGGCCAGCAAACUGCACCCUGUGCAGGAGCGAAUUGCCAGGGCUCACGGGUCACAGUGUGGAUUCUGCACCCCAGGAAUCGUCAUGUCCAUGUACGCUCUGCUGAGGAAUAACCCACAGCCUUCCUUGCUGGACAUAGAGGAGGCCUUCCAGGGCAAUCUGUGUCGCUGCACAGGCUAUAGACCAAUAUUGGAGGGCUACAAGACAUUUGCCAAGGACGGUGGUUGCUGUGGAGGGAAAAGAAAGGAGAAUGGCUGCUGCAUGGGCGCUGAAGGACAAGCAAAUCACAGUGAAGGAGACUUUCUGCUGUACAACCCAUCAGAGUUCAUGCCCUUGGACCCUACACAAGAAAUAAUAUUUCCUAUAGAACUGUUGGGUUUGAGUAAGAAGCCUCUCAAGCAGCUGUGCUUUCAAGGAGAGCGAGUUCUCUGGAUCCAGCCCAGUUCCCUGACAGAACUCCUGGAUUUCAAGACCCAGUAUCCCGAGGCCCGGCUCGUGGUGGGCAAUACAGAAGUUGGUAUUGAGAUGAAAUUCAAGAACCUCUUGUAUCCUGUGAUCUUGGCUCCAGCUUUCAUCCCAGAACUUAACACUGUCCAACGUACAGCAGAUGGGAUUCUCUUCGGAGCUGCCUGCACCCUCACCCGCUUGGGGAUGGUACUUCGUGAUGCUGUGCAGGAGUUACCGACCUACCAAACUGAGGUGUUCCGGGCUGUGCUGGAGCAGCUCCGCUGGUUUGCUGGACAGCAGGUCCGAAACGUUGCGGCUAUUGGAGGCAACAUCGUGACAGCAAGUCCCAUUUCAGACCUCAACCCUGUGUUCCUGGCAGCUGGCUGCAAGCUUACCCUGGCAUCCAAAGGUGGGAAGAGAGUCAUAGAGAUGGAUGACAGCUUCUUCCCAGGCUACCGAAAAACAGUCUUAAAGCCUGACGAGAUUCUGCUUUUUAUUGAAAUCCCUUUCACAAAGAAGGGUCAGUACUUUUCCGCCUUUAAGCAAUCACAGCGCCGCGAGGAUGAUAUAGCCACCGUGACCUGCGCAAUGAAUGUCGCAUUUGAAGAGAACACCAACAGUGUUCGCAACCUCCGGCUCAGCUACGGUGGAAUGGCGCCCACCACUGUCCUGGCCAAGGAGACCUGCAAGCGGCUGACUGGCAGGAAGUGGAGUGAUGAACUCCUCCAGGAUGCCUGUUCCUUAUUGGCUAAGGAGAUGACCCUUGACCCCUCAGCCCCUGGCGGCAUGGUUACCUAUAGACGAACACUAACCAUUAGCUUAUUUUUCAAGUUCUACCUUAUUGUCCAGCACAAGCUGGCUCAAGAUCUUAAUGUAGAAGGGUUUGUUCUGGAAGAUGUCCGACCUGACUAUGCCAGCGCCGCAGAGCUUUUCCACAGUGUGUUUCCCUGUAGCACCCAGCUUUUUCAGGAGGUGCCUCCAGGGCAGAACAAGGAUGACGUGGUGGGCCGACCCAUCAUGCACCUGUCUGCCUUGAAACAGGCCACCGGGGAGGCGGUGUACUGCGAUGACAUCCCAUGCUAUGACAACGAGCUUCAUUUGGCUCUGGUCACCAGCACCAAGGCUCAUGCCUUUAUCGAGAACAUCGAUACGAAAGAGGCCAUGUGUGUACCCGGGGUGGUGGCCUUCCUCACUGCGAAGGACAUCCCUGGCAGCAACAGGACAGGACCUGCCGUGUAUGAUGAGACUGUACUGGCUGAAGACAUGGUCACAUGCGUGGGCCACAUUAUUGCAGCCAUUGUUGCUGACACCCAAGCUCAUGCCCAGAGGGCAGCAAAGGCAGUAAAGAUCACCUACAAAGAGCUGAAACCUGUUGUGACCAUUCAGGAAGCAAUUUCCUGUAAAUCAUUUUACCAGCCCACAAGAAAAAUUGAGCAAGGAAACAUUGAGGAAGGGUUUAAAAAGGCAGAUCACAUAUUGGAAGGCGAGAUGCACAUUGGGGGCCAGGAGCACUUCUACCUGGAAACAAACUGCACCUUGGCGGUUCCCAGAGGAGAGGAUGGGGAAAUGGAGAUGUUUGUGUCCACUCAGUCCACUUCCAAAACGCAGAUGCUGGUUGCCAAAGCCCUAGGAGUUCCAGCCAAUCGGAUCGUCUGCAGAGUGAAGCGGAUGGGGGGUGGCUUUGGGGGCAAGGAAUGCAGGAGUACCAUACUGUCAACUGUGGUUGCCGUAGCAGCGCAGAAGUUGAAGAAACCAGUUCGCUGCAUGCUGGACCGAGAUGAAGACAUGCUUGUCACGGGAGGUCGCCACCCAUUUCUUGGCCGCUAUAAGGUAGGCUUCAUGAAGACUGGAAGGAUAGUUUCUCUCGAGGUGACCUAUUACAGCAAUGCAGGAAACUCAGCGGAUCUCUCACUGUCAAUUUUGGAGAGGGCUCUGUUCCAUAUGGAAAACUGCUACAACAUCCCACACAUCCGGGGAAUGGGAUAUAUGUGCAAGACGAAUCUCCCCUCCAACACAGCGUUCAGGGGGUUCGGAGGCCCCCAGGGUAUGAUGGUGGCCGAGAGCUGGAUGGGCGACGUGGCGCUGCACUGUGGCCUGCCCGUUGAACAGGUGCGCAGACUGAACAUGUACAAGCAGGGAGACCGGACGCCCUUCACCCAGCGCCUGGAGCAGUUCACCAUCGAUCGUUGCUGGGAAGAGUGUUUAUCCAUCUCCCAGUAUAACCAGCGCAGGAAGGCAAUAGAGCAGUUCAACAGGCAACACCGCUGGAAAAAAAGAGGGAUUGCUGUCAUACCAACCAAGUUCGGUAUUAGCUUCACCGCCCUCUUUCUCAAUCAGGCAGGGGCACUGGUCCAUGUGUACAUUGAUGGCUCAGUCCUGCUCACUCACGGCGGAACUGAGAUGGGCCAGGGGUUGCACACUAAAAUGGUCCAGGUGGCUAGUAAAGUCCUGGGCAUCCCCUGCUCUAAGAUCCACAUCUCGGAAACAAGCACCAGCACAGUGCCCAACACCAGUCCAACCGCAGCCUCUGCUUCCUCCGAUCUCAACGGCAUGGCCAUCUAUGAUGCCUGCCAGACCUUGAACCAGCGUCUACAACCCUAUAAAACCAAGAACCCCAAGGGUACCUGGGAGGACUGGGUGAAAGCAGCCUAUUUUGACAGAGUAAAUUUAUCAGCAAAUGGAUUUUACAAAACACCCGACAUGGGCUAUGACUUUGAGACCAACGAAGGAAAGCCGUUUAACUAUUUCAGCUAUGGUGUGGCUUGUUCGGAAGUGGAGGUUGACUGUCUGACUGGAGACCACAAGAACCUUCAUACCUCAAUUGUUAUGGAUGUUGGCAAUAGCCUGAACCCAGCCAUUGACAUUGGACAGGUGGAGGGAGCAUUCAUGCAGGGCGUGGGCCUCUUCACCCUGGAAGAGCUGCUCUACUCCCCUGAAGGGGUCCUGCUCACCCGCGGCCCCGGAAUGUAUAAAAUCCCAGCGUUCGGCGACAUCCCCACCGAGCUGAACGUGUCCUUGCUGAGGGAUGCGCCCAAUGAGAAGGCGAUCUUCUCUUCCAAGGCUGUUGGGGAACCACCCUUAUUUCUAGCUGCUUCUGUGUUCUACGCCAUUAAAGAUGCCAUAACCGCUGCCAGGGCGGAAUCGGGACUCAGAGGCCCGUUCAGGUUGGAUAGCCCAGCCACUCCAGAGAGGAUACGCAAUGCCUGUGAGGACAGCUUUACCAAACUGUGCCCCCCAGCUGAGGCAGGAACCUACAAGCCUUGGGCAGUACAGGUUUAAAAGAGACUGGAGAAGAUGGUCUUCACCCCAGCUUUAGAAAACCUGCACCACUAAACCCAGCAAAGCCUUGGUUUAUCAAAGCCAAAUGUAUUAUGGGAAAGGCAGGAAACUUACUAGGGAUGCUAGGGUAUCACUUCCGCUGGAAAACGCACAUUCAUAAUUGUUUCAGAUAUUCUUUUACAUACAUAUACAAAAUAAUAAAUGAAACAAAUAUAGGUAUUCAAAAUAAACGUCUGAUUUCAAUAAACAUAUAGUUUAAUCAAAUCAAUGUGUCACAGCUUUGUUCACAUACCUGCAUCUGAAGGGCAAGUCAUUAAAAAAUAUUUUAUAUUUCAAUACAAUAACAGUUAAGAUGGGACUUUUAUUGGCAUGUGUUUAUAUAAUGCAUCUACUUAACAGGCAAGCAAUAAAACUAAUAUCCUGUACUUUGGCCUGUAGUCCAGAAAAUAAUAGCCCAAGUUCUACAGCAUGAAAAUUGAACACUGAAAGUGCAGAAGUAUUUACAAGUAUAUUACUUACAUGCAUGCUAUUUUUCAUAUUCCAAGUAUUUUUUUGUGAAAACAAAUUCUGAAAAUCUGUGCCUUCAUUUUCCAGUUAUUUGCGUACACAGGCCACCUUCUCUAUUAUCCUGUUUGAUGGCAUCUCCUUCAAAAGACUCCUUUGCUGUCAUAUUACAUGGUUUUAAAAAUUUAUUUGAAUGCAUCAAAACCACAUUGUUUUCAUUUGAUUUUUGAGUUCUUUAUAAAUAUACCUUGAUAAAAGUACUUACACUAUUUAAAUCGAUAUAGUAAAGAAAACUGCUACACAAAUGGGUACAACAUUACAAAUCACCUCAUACAGGUAUAUGAAUGAUGAUGUAAAAGAGAGGAACAGGAUAAGAGUGAAUGUAUGUACAAACAUUUCAUUUGACUGGAAUGUCUGUUGUAACCAGGUCCAGCACAUGUGGACAGAAAUUUUCCUACUCCUGGCUCUGCUUCUGAGAUUAUGGAAAGCAUUAUGCAGAUACUAUAUUGCUGAGCCUUCUGAAGGUUGCACUCCAGCAGGUUACUUCCUAUAGCAAAGACAAAUGGUUAAAAAUAAUAAUUUACCAGCCUCUGCUGAGAAAUGUAAUAAUAGAGACAAUGAACUGUUGCUAUGGUUACUUGUUAAUUACAUCCAACUACUACUUUUGUAUUUUCUAUUAACAUCCAGUGUCAUAUGUUUCAUCUUGACUUUACACUCAAAAUGAGAUCCUG